UAGGUGGCGCUGUAGAGUCGCCGUGUUAGGUGUCGAAUUUCGCAGAAGAAGAGAGCUGGGUGAGCGCUGAAAAGCGGAGCGCCGCUUCCAUUCUCCCUCAUUCGACCUGCAGCUCCGCUGAUCGUCCUUCCACUCCUGACAUAGAAACGGUGUUGUUGGUGUGUUUUUUAACUACACAUAAAAAUGUCGGACGAAGGUAAAUUAUUCGUCGGAGGACUGAGCUUCGAGACCAACGAGGAGUCUCUCAGUGCGGCCUUCGGCAAAUAUGGAAACAUGGAGAAAGUCGACGUGAUCCGAGACAAAGAGACCGGAAGAUCUCGUGGCUUCGGCUUUGUUAAGUACAACAACGCAGAGGACGCCAAAGAUGCAUUGGAGGCAAUGAACGGCAAGACUCUCGAUGGCAGAGCGAUUCGCGUUGACGAAGCGGGAAAGGGAGGUGGACGCCAGAGGACUGGCUUUGGUUCAGCACCACGAGGUGGCCGAUUCACAAACUCCAGGGGGGGGAGGGGCGGUCGAGGGUACUCCAGAGGAGAAGAUAAUUUCGGUGGAAGUGGUGGCUUCAAUGGCGACAGGGGAUAUGGGGACAGGAGCUACAGUGACAGAAGCUUUGGUGGUGGUGGCGGCGGAGAGAGGAGCUUUGGUGGCAGCAGCGGUGGUGGCGGCUACAGGAGUGGCGGAUACUCAUCAGGAGGCGGCGGCGGUGGCGGCGGCGGCUACAGAGAAAAUAGGGGUCAGAGUGGAUAUGGCGAUCGCUCUGGUUCCUACCGUGAAGGAUAUGACAGCUAUGCUACAAACGAGUAAACGUCUCCCUGAUUCAAGAUCAUCACUUGGCUGGCUGUAUUUCAAAGAUGCGCUCCUCAAGAAAAAUGUCCACGUGUUAUUGCUGACCUUAGUUUUGUAGUUCUGUUGUAGUAGCUCAAUUAUCUUAAAACAAUGUAGCCAUGAGUUUUGGUCAUUCCUUAACAACCCAUGUUAUAAAUUGCAGUUCCAGACUCUAACCAUGCUUGAUUGGGCAUCUUUUAUUCCUCCAAAAGACCGUAACUAAAGGGCAUCUCUGUAAUCUGAUAAGUACUAUAUCCCAUUUUGGGGAUCAGACAGCUCUCCACAUGGCUCUUGUUGAACAGCCACUACAGUCGCUGUAGACUCCUUGUCCAGCACAUUUAGUGUUUCCUGAUAUGAUUCUGAGUUUUUUUUUUAUUGAAAUAUCUGACCUUUUUGUUUUUGUACUUCAUUUCCCUUCUCAGUCUCUGACUCGACUACCACUUGUCAGGAUUUGGACUGAGUGAGAAGAGAUCCCUUAACUGUAGAACAGACCGGGGAUUUGAUGCUAAAUUCCUUUUUACUAUCAAACCUAGUUUAGCUGAGGCUCCUGUGUGUUCAAUUUCCCAAAAGAGUGAAUUCCUUUCAGACUGGUGAACUACACAUCCGAAGUGGCCGGCUGUUCAUGAAGUUGCAAAUUGCAGCAUGCUACAGUCUGUCCAAGGUAUCUUCUGUGCUCAACAUCUGCAUUUUAAAUGUGCUGUAAAAUGGACUAAUCUUGUUUAAGUGAUCGAAAAAUGUACCUUCGUUUCCCCAAAGUAAUAUCUCAACCGGGAACAGUUUUGUACUUUAUGUUCUUUGUAUGAUCAACGUUUUUUUUCUUUGUCAGUUUGGCUUCAUGGAGCCUAUUAAACAGACUGUGGAAAAUAA